AUGUUGGAACCUUGGAAAAUGGUGAGAAGUUCGAUUCAAGCCGUGACCGAGCCAGCGAGAUGGGAUCUUGGUGUGGCUACGAUGAAGAAAGGAGAAAUUGCCGAUUUCAAAAUUCGUUCUGAUUAUGGUUAUGGCGAGAGCGGUAGUAUGCCGAAAAUUCCGCCAAAUGCCACGUUGAACUUUGAGGUAGAACUCAUAGAUUGGCAAGCUGAGGACAUCUCUCCAAACCGGGAUGGCACUAUCACACGCAGUGUCAUCGUCGAAGGCGAGAAGCUCGCCAAUCCUAAUGACACAAGUCCAGUCGAAGGUAUGCGGAGGAUUGGUUCUUAG